AUGCUCUGGGAUUACAUCGUCGUCGGUGCCGGCCUAUGUGGCUCGGUCCUGGUCCAUGAGCUCCUUGAGAAGGAUCCGGAUCUCAAGAUCCUGGUCAUUGAGGCGGGCAUCAAUGCGAAUGAUCGACAGGAUAUCGUCUGGCCUAACUCAACCAACGGUCAAGGCGGCGACUUUGACUGGAGCUAUGCAUCUGUUCCCCAGACGCACCUUGACGGUCGAUCUAUCCCUUCCAACGCUGGCAAGGGCUUGGGUGGUGGCACACUUAUUAACGGAGCUGCCUGGGUUCGUGGGCACUCCGUUGAUUAUGACCUCUGGGCCAAGGCUGUGGGCGAUGAGAGAUGGAGUUACGAGGGUCUCCUGCCCUACAUGAAGCAGACUGAGUCCUUUUUCACUCAGGACACGGACAAGAGUCAGCAUGGCUUCGAGGGCAACAUGAAGGUGCAAUCCAUCAGCUCCCUCAACCGGACCUUUCCCAUGCGCAAGCCCCUUAUCGAGUCAUGGGAAGAGCUCGGCAUCAGCCCAGCCCCGGAUUUUGACCACAACCGCGGCAACCCCAUGGGUAUCGGCGAGAUGCAAGAGAACCGCAACCACGGCCGCCGCCAGCAAAGCUCCUUGGUGUUCCCAAUCGACAAGGCGACUGUAUUGACCGAGACACUAGUCCAGAAGGUCAUCACUCAGAAGUCUCAUAAGGGUCAGGUGGUGGCUCAGGGUGUUCAACUCGCCAACGGCACCCAAAUCCGCAGCAAGGAGGUUAUUCUCUCUGCUGGUGCUUACCGUACGCCACAACUUCUUAUGCUGUCUGGUCUCGGUCCCAAGGAGCAGCUACAAAAGCACGGUAUCAAGGUUCAGCUGGAUCUUCCCAAGGUUGGCCAAAACCUGCAUGACCACGCCGUCUUUGUUACAGCAUGGGGACUGAAGGACCCUUCCAAAGGUUGGGCUGUUGAGUCUGGAAACCCUCUUUUCAACCAGCCGCAGUACGGCCUUGGCCUCUACCUCGACUUUGUCACCACUGUCGACGUGCCCAAGGAUGGCUUGGCCAAGGCAAUCGAGAAGGAUACGGGCAAGAAGCCUAAUCCGAAGACCCAUCCCCUCCUUAACCAGGAGCGUGCCAUGGCUACCCAUACCAUUCAGUACGCUGGUGCAUCUCAGGAUGGCUCCGCUGUGAUUAGCAUGACCGUACUUGUCAUCGAUCAGUCCCGUGGCCAGAUAAGUCUCUCGUCCUCUAAGAUCAAGGACGCGCCCCUUAUCAAUGCCAACUUUAUGGGCACUGAAGUUGAUCGCUAUGCCAUAAGGGAAGCUGUGAAGCAUGAUAUUGAAUUGCUCACAAGCAACAAGACUGUUGUUGGCCGAGAAAUCAUCAGCGGAGAACUUGGCGCCAAGCCCUUAACUACGGCUUCAACUGACGAGGAGAUCGAUGCUCGUAUUCGGGCUGGACUAACUGGAAUCUUCCACCCCAUGGGUACCGCUGCCAUGGGCCGUGUCGUGGACAAGGACCUGAAGGUCUUGGGCGUUCAGGGACUCCGUGUGGUUGAUGCAUCGAUCAUCCCCCAAUCUAUCUCUGGAAAUAUUCAGGUUGUUCUCUACGCAACGGCCCUGCAGGCAGCUGAGAUUAUUGGAUAA